AUGGACACCUCAUAUACAGCACUUCAGCUUCCUUCCUGGGACCCUCCAAUAUACGAUCUCAAAGAUUAUACGCUACCUAUUCCCGAUGCGGUUGACCCCGACGAGAUUCGCGGUUCACUUAUACUAGAUACCUCCUUACAAAGUCCCUCUUUCACUUUCGUGACGUCUUCAUUGGAAUCGCAAACGCCAACCUUCCCUCCUCUGCUCUCCCCCAACGAACCUGACAACUUCUGGGGCAUUGUGCCCGACGAACAACCUUUUUUAGGCCUUCCAUUCGAUCCCGAAGAUCGUAUGCCACCUACCCCUGUGGUGGAUGAUUUUGACAAGACCUGGCGUUCAUUCGAAACCUCCUCACCGCUUACACAUGCCACGCCUGUCAUCUCGCCAGGAACGGCCCCCCUUAUUGAUCUGACAGGGGAGUCCGAUGACGAGAAGACUUCCCCUAUGGUAUCCCAGAGGGACCAGAAGACGGCGAAUCGGGGCCUACCAGAUGGUUGUUGCACACCCGUCCCAUCUAAACGAAGCCGAGAUGACAACAUAGGAACCCAGCCUUCUUCGAAGAGGCGGAAGAAACACUCCACUGUUAAUAUUAGAGCAACGCGGGUAUGGCUCGAGUCUGAGGAGAUACCGGACGGUCCGGAGUAUACUUGGGAUCGCCGCAAUGGAGGCAGCUGGAAGAGAAAGUCGGAAAGCUGCCAUGGUUGUGAACAUGUCGAAGGGGAGUUCCUACUCUGCUAUGCUUACGAUUGGUUGUAUAUUGAGGUUCGAGCGAAUGCGGAUUGGUUCCCGCUUACGCUCAGAUGGAGCAAAAAACACAAGAUGUUCCAAGGGGAGGGCAGAAUUGCGGGGAUAAGGCUUCAAGUUCAGGAUAUGGUAAUGAUGGAUUUGAUUUGUGGAAGCAAGGGCAAACAUGUGGCUAUGGUAGAACGCGGCUCGAAAUAG